AUGGUUCUUGCGGACAUCUUUUUCGAGUUCACUUUAUCUAUGUGCUAUGUUUUCAAUGCAGACUGUUGUGGGAAUUUCUCAAGCUUUAAGUGCUGUACCAGAAAAUGUUUCUGCAUCUCUGGCAUUGUGCUGUUAGGCCUGAUCACUGUUGCAUCUGGUGUUACCCUCAUGAUUUUUGGCAUUCCCCAACAUCCUCCUGUUAAUCGCUUCUGCACAACAGUCCAGAAUCUGUCAGGCUUCCUGUGUGAUGACAGAGUGACUUGCAUCAUGCCAUCUGAUGUCUGCAAUGGGGUUCAGAACUGUCCCAGUGGAGGUGAUGAGGACCCACACAUGUGCAGUGACCAACCAAAUAACAUUCCAAGCAGACUAAUAUUCCAGUGUGGAAACCCUCAAUUUUGGAUUUUCAUUGACCGGAAAUGCAACAAUAUAAAUGACUGUGGGGACUGUUCAGAUGAAAUUGGUGCCUAUGCAGAUUGCCCUGCUUGUGGGCCGGGGUGGUGGUCCUGCACUCCUGUGCUGUACAAGUACUGUGAGUGUAUCCCUCAGUGUUUGUGCCAGAAUGGUCAGCAGGAGUGUUUUGACUGGUCAGAUGAGUACACUUGCACCAGAAGUGCUUGUGGGGGGUGA